CAUACCUACCGAUUGGGUGUCAACCAGUUCUCGGACAUCACGGAUGAAGAGUACAGACAAAUGUUGACAUUAGACGUGUCGGCGCUGGAGGGACAGCAAACUUAUGACAAGAAGCCGUACUCCAUAAAAGCACAGUUACCCGAAAGUGUCGACUGGAGAACCAAGAAUGUGGUGUCGGCCGUCAAGAAUCAGGGAUCGUGCGGUUCAUGCUUCGCCUUCGCCAGCGUUGACACGAUAGAGAGCGCGCACGCCAUCAAAACCGGAACUCUGGUGACCCUAUCCCCGCAAAACGUCAUCGAUUGUAUGGGCAACCCGGGUGUAUGCACCCAGGGCAGUUACAUGCACCUGGCAUUUGAGUUCAUCAUCAAAGAGGGAGGUCUCGACAAGGAGGAGAGCUAUCCAUACAAAGGCGUAUACCACAAAUGCAGCUACCAGGCCCAGUACUCGGGCGCCUCCAUCACCGGCUACGCCAACGUCACCUCCGGUGAUGAGGAUGCCCUCCAGGAGGCCAUUGCCACUAAUGGCCCGGUAGUUGUGGGUAUCGACGCCAGUCUCUCCACAUUCAGGAGUUAUAAGAGCGGUGUUUAUAACGAUAAGAAGUGUAAGAACGCGUUUAGGGACUUACACCACGCCGUGGUUGCUGUUGGAUAUGGCACUGAAAAUGGUCAGGACUACUAUAUUGUCAAGAACUCGUGGGCUACCACCUAUGGUGACCAUGGCUAUAUCAAGAUGGCACGUAACGCUAAUAAUCAUUGCGGUAUUGCCACGUACGCCCUGUACCCCACUGGUACCAAAUAA